AUGUCACAAUCACUACGUCCAUAUCUCACAGCUGUACGCCACUCUUUACAAGCAGCUUUGAAUCUUUCCAAUUUCUCCUCACAAGUUGUAGAGAGGCACAAUCGUCCCGAGGUUGAGGUACCCAAUGCUAGCGCUGAGCUGCUGCUGCAGCCAAUGCACAUAUCACGUAACGAGCAUGAACAAGUGCUCAUUGAGCCAAGUGUGAAUUCGGUGCGUGUGAGUAUCAAGGUAAAGCAAGCAGAUGAAAUUGAACAGAUUCUUGUCCACAAGUUUACGCGGUUUCUCGAGCAGCGCGCAGAAUCGUUUUACGUGUUGAGACGGGUGGCCAUCCCAGGUUUUAGCAUUUCCUUUUUGAUUACCAACAUGCAUACGGAAACCAUGAACACUGAAAAACUGGUCGACUUUAUUAUCGAGUUCAUGGAAGAGGUUGACAAAGAAAUCAGUGAAAUGAAGCUUUUCCUCAACGCCAGAGCUCGUUUCGUGGCCGAAGCAUAUCUUGGUGAAUUUGUUUACUGA